AGAAAAUACUUCAUGACACAUUUAUUAAUUUAUUUCAUGAUGCAUUCAUUGAUUUUCUUUGGCACGCUUGGUCCUCAAUAAAAACUGCUGCCGGCAGAAAAACCUAUCGCGCAUGAAUAAACAAGAAUCUUUUCAGCUGUGCUCGAUGACGCGCGUGAACGUGCGGAGGAGGGGAGAGAGAGUUCAGUCUACUAGGUUUUUGUUCCAUUCGGUACUCAAGUGAGCCAAUUUAUAUUAGAGCUCACGGAACAAAGUAGGGGAGGAGUGGCGGUUACGCUGACCAGCCCGGGGUGGCACUAUGGCGUCACAGCUGCUGGAUCGCUUGAAGCGCUCACUCUUCAAAGAUGGCCAGGGGGCGAGGCCUAAGCGGCUGGGGCAGAAGGAGGAUGGCUGCGAGGCGGAACUAGAAGAGGAAGAUGAGUGCGUGGCAGAGCGAGUGGGCGGCACGCUGUCCUUUGAUGGCAGCACAGCGGCACAGGAUCGAGUGGAAGGGGAGGGGUCGGGUUUGGACAGCGACUCUGACUUCCUGGGCGAGUCACUGGAGGAUGUCCUUAGCAGCACAGACGCCAGUCCUGUUAGCCCUGCCUCUUUUGACUUGGGUGGGACUGGGGCAAGAAUUGGCCACACGAGCACUUUGUCAUUUGAGGUGACAGAUGCCAGCGUGGUUCAGAACGCUUCCUCAAAGUAUGUGCUGUACACCAUUGACGUCAUCCAGGCGGGUGGCAGUGACAAGACACCGGCCGUCAUCACUCGCCGUUACUCAGACUUCCAGCGGCUGCACGCCACUCUGCGGCAUCACCACAGAGACCAGAUGGAGCCUGUGUGUUUCCCAAGGAAGAAGCUGCGCAGGAACUUCACGGCCGAGACCAUUGCUAAGCGGAGCCGUGCCUUUGAGCAGUACCUGACGCAUCUGUGCUCCCUCCCAGGCCUGUGGGGGACAUCAUUUGUGCGUCACUUCUUCUACCUGCCAGACCUCCAGACUGGACAGCUGCUUUUGAGUGUGGAUCGCUACCAGGAUGCUCUGGGACCGCUGCUCAAUGCCAAGAGGCUGCAAGACAAACUGGGCGGGCCCCCGGACUCCCUCCAUUGGCUCUUCACUCUGGUGGGCCUGUGCUGCUGCUUUCAAGAAGUGGAACAGCUAGAAGAAGCCCGGGAUCAAUGUGACCACGCCCUCCGCGUCCUGAUAGAGAGGAUGCACGUGGAUGGGCCGCACCCACUGCUUCCCCCACUAUUACGGGCCGUGGUGCGCCUGUCAUGGCAGACGGGACAAGACAAGCGGCAAUGGGAGGAGCUUCUGCACACACUAGAGGAACAGGGAGCAGGGCUGGAAGGUCAGCCAACCAUCAAGGAGUUUCUGGUCAAAUGUAACCUGCAUGACAGCCAAAACGAUCCAUUAUAAGUGAAUAUCAAAUACUAACUUUUUAAACAGGGUAUUCCUAACAUUACAAUUAUUGUUCAAUGCCGUUUAUCAAGUUUGGUUAGUCCCAAACUUUGCAAUAAUCAAGCAGUAGAGGCAGAUUUUUUUUAUACCGAUGUCACUAACAGCAAGUGCUCAUAAUGUGGUGGCUGCUCAGUCUAUAUUGUUUGUAAGGAUAUAAUUUCAGACUAAACCAACCAGCUUCGAAACAGUGCAAAAGAAUUCGCUCCUUUCAAUCCUUUUGAUGCUCACCGAACUGAGGUCUUACAGUGCGUACGGAAAGUAUUGAGAGAUCCCUUAAAUCUUUCACUCUGUUAUAUUGCAGCCAUUUGCUAAAAUCCAUCCAUCCAUUUUCUGAGCCGCUUCUUCUCACUAGGGUCGCAGGCAUGCUGGAGCCUAUCCCAGCUAUCAUCGGGCAGGAGGCGGGGUACACCCUGAACUGGUUGCCAGCCAAUCGCAGGGCACAUAUAAAUAAACAACCAUUCGCACUCACAUUCACACUUACGGGCAAUUUAGAGUCGUCAAUUAACCUAGCAUGCAUGUUUUUGGGAUGUGGGAGGAAACCGGAGUGCCCGGAGAAAACCCACGCAGGCACAGGGAGAACAUUCAAACUCCAUACAGGCGGGGCCGGGGAUUGAACCCCGCUCCUCAGAACUGUGAGGCAGACGCUCUAACCAGUCGCUCACCGUGCCGCAUUUGCGAAAAUCAUUUAAAUAAUUUUUAUUUCCUCAUUAAUGUACACACAACACCCCAUAUUGACAGAACAAAAUGGAAAUCUUUUUUUUUAAAAGAAAAACUGAAAUACCACACAGGCAUAAGUAUUGCGACCCUUUGCUGUGACACUCAUAUAUUUAACUCUGGUGCUGUCCAUUUCUUCUGAUCAUCCUUGAGAUGGUUCUACACCUUCAUUGGAGUCCAGCUGUGUGAUUGCACUGAUUGGACUUGAUUAGGAAAGCCACACACCUGUCUAUAUACAACCCCAAUUCCAAUGAAGUUGGGACAUUGUGUUAAACAUAAAUAAAAACAGAAUACAAUGAUUUGCAAAUCAUGUUCAACCUAUAUUUAAUUGAAUACACUACAAAGACAAGAUAUUUAAUGUUCAAACUGAUGAACUUUGUUUUUAGCAAAUAAUCAUUAACACCAAAAAACCUGGGACAGGUGGAAAAAAAGAUUUCGAAAGUUGAGGAAUGCUAAUCAAACACUUGUUUGGAACAUCCCACAGGUGAACAGGCUAAUUGGGAACAGGUGGGUGCCAUAAUUGGGUAUAGAAGGAGCUUCCCUGAAUUGUCAUUCACAAGCAAUGAUGGGGCGAGGUUCACCUCUUUGUGAACAAGUGCGUGAGAAAAUAGUCGAACAGUUUAAGGACAAUGUUCCUCAACGUACAAUUACAAGGAAUUUAGGGAUUUCAUCAUCUACAGUGUAUAAUAUCAUCAAAAGGUUCAGAGAAUCUGGAGAAAUCACUUCAUGUAAGCGGUAAGGCCGAGAACCAACAUUGAAUGCCCGUGACCUUCGAUCCCUCAGGCGGCGCUGCAUCAAAAACCGACAUCGGUGUGUAAAGGAUAUAACCACAUGGGCACAGGAACAAUUCAGAAAACCAAUGUCAGUAAAUUCAGUUCGGCGCUACAUCCGUAAGUGCAAUUUGAAACUCUACUAUGCAAAGCAAAAGCCAUUUAUCAACAACACCCAGAAACGCCACCAGCUUCUCCACUCUGGAGUUGUGAGGCGCCGAGCAGGUGUGGGUAUACUUAUUGCCCCCCUGGCUCGGCGCCUGUACAUUGGGGUUCACCCCGGUGGACGAGAGGGUAGCCUGCCUCUGCCUUCGGGUGAGGGGAUGGGUCCUGACUGUUGCUUGUGCCUGUCCACCAAACAGCAGUUCAGAGUACCCACCCUUUUUGGAGUUCAUGGAGGGGGUGCUGGAGACCGCUCCCGCUGGGGACUCCAUUGUUCUGCUGGGGGACUUCAAUACUCGCGUGGGCAAUGACAGUGAGACCUGGAAGGGCGUGAUUGGGAGGAACAGCGCCCCCCCCCCCCCCCCCCCCCCAUCAGAACCCGAGUGGUGUUCUGUUAUUGGACUUCUAUGCUCAUCACGGAUUGUCUAUAACAAACACCAUGUUCAAGCAUAAGGGUGGCCGUGGAACAGUGGCCCAGCUCUACACCCUCAGCACGGUCCUCGAGGGUGCAUGGGAGUUCACCCAAUCAGUCUACAUGUGUUUUGUGGACUUGGAGAAGGCGUUCGACCGUGUCCCUGGGGGAGUCCUGUGGGGGGUGCUUCGGCAGUAUGGGGUGCCGAACCCCCUGAUAUGGGCUGUUCGGUCCCUGUACAACCAGUGUCAGAGUUUGGGCCACAGUAAGUCAGACUUGUUACCGGUGAGGGUUGGACUCUGCCAAGGCUGCCCUUUGUCACCGAUUCUUUUAAUAACUUUUAUGGACAGAAUUUCUAGGCACAGCCGAGACAUAGAGGGGGUCCGGUUUGAUGGCCUCAGUAUUGCAUCUUUGGUUUUUGCAUAUGAUGUCGUUCUGUUGACUUCAUCAAGCCGUGAUCUCCAACUCCAACUGGAGCGGUUCACAGCUGAGUGUAAGCGGCUGAGAUGAGAAUCAGCACCUCCAAAUCUGAGACCAUGGCCCUGAGUCGGAAAAAGGUGGAGUGCCUUCUUCAGGUUGGGGAUGUGAUCCUGCCCCAAGUGGAGGAGUUCAAAUAUCUUGGGGUCUUGUCCAUGAGUUAAAGAAGAAUGGAACGGGAGGCGGAUCGGUGCAGCGUCUGCAUUGAUGCGGAAUUUGUAUCGGUCCGUUGUUGUGAAGAAGGAGCUAAGCCGAAAGGCAAAGCUCUCAAUUUACCAGUCGACCUAUGUUCCUACCCUCACGUAUGGUCACGAGCUCUGGGUCGUGACAGAAAGAACAAGAUCCCAGAUAUAACCACCCAAAGUGAGUUUCCUCCACAGGGUGUCCGGGCUCUCACUUAGAGAGAGGGUGAGAAGCUCCAUCAUCCGGGAGGGGCUCAGAGUUUAGCCGCUGCUCUUCCGCAUUGAGAGGAGCCAGAUGAGGUGGCUCGAGCAUCUGUUUAGGAUGCCUCCUGGACGCCUUCCUGGUGAGGUGUUCCGGGCCAUGUCCCACUGGGAGGAGAGCCCGGGGACGACCCAGGACACACUCGAGAGACUAAGUCUCUCUGCUUGCCUGGGAAUGCCUCGGGAUCCCCUCGAAAGAGCUGGAGGAAGUAGAUGGGGAGAGGGAAGUCUUGGCUUCCCUGCUAAAGCUACUGCCCCUGCGACCCGGCCUCGGAUAAGCAGAAGAAAAUGGAUGGAUGGAGGGACUUUACUUUCAUCGGAAAAGAGGACCUUGGACCACUGCCCAACAGUCCAGUCCUUCUUCUCCUUGGCCCAGUUGAGACGCUUCCUACAUUGGCUCAGGCUCACAAGCGGUUUGACCCGAGGAACCCGACAGUUGUAGCCCAUCUCCCGGAUGCGUCUGAAUGUGAUGUUUUUUUAAGCUGAGACUCCCGCCUCAUUUCACUCUUUCUGGAUCUCUUCUAGAUUCUUGAAUCUUCUCUGUUUGAUAAUCCGAUGGAGCCCACAGUCAUCUCUUUUGCUGGCGCAUCUUCUCCUGCCACAUUUUGUCCUUCCAUUGGACUUUCCAUUGAUAUGCUUGGACACAGCACUCUGUGAACAGUCUCCUUAGCUAUGAACCUUUGUUGGUUCCCCAUCCAAUGGAGGGUAUCAAUGAUGGAGACUUUCCAUUGACAUGCUUGGACACAGCACUCAGCCACCCAGCCUCCUUAGCUAUAAACAUUUGUGGUUUAAACAUUCAGUUGUCAAACUGAAACAAUUUCAUGUGGAAACCUGUGCAGGUGCUUUGAGUUUAGUAGAUGCCGCCCUGAUGAACGUUGUUUUUUUUUUUUUUUUUUUUUUUUUUAAAUUUGCUAAUGUGGAGGCACUGUGGACGACUGGUUAGAGCGUCAGCCUCACAGUUCUGAGGAACCGGGUUCAAUCCCCGGCCCCGCCUGUGUGGAGUUUGCAUGUUCUCCCCGUGCCUGCAUAGGUUUUCUCCGGGCACUCCAGUUUCCUCCCACAUCCCAAAAACAUGCAUUAAUUGGUGACUCUAAAUUGCCCGUAGGUGUGACUGUGAGUGCGACUGGUGGUUUGUUUGUAUGUGCCCUGCGAUUGGCUGGCAACUAGUUCAGGGUGUACCCCGCCUCCUGCCCGAUGUCAGCUGGGAUAGGCUCCACCACGCCCGCGACCCUAGUGAGGAGAAGCGGCUCAGAAAAUGGAUGUAUGGAUUUGCUAAUGUUUUGUAUUUGAUGCCUGCAACAUGUUCCGAAAAAGCAGGGCCAGGGGCAACAAAAGACUGGGAAUGUUUAAUGCUUUAAAAAAAACAAAAAAACUGUUUGGAACAUUCCACAGGUGAACAGUUGAAUUGGAAACAGUUGAGUGGCAUGAUUGGGUAUAAAAGGAGCAUUCCCGAAAGGCUCAAUUGUUCACAAGAAAGGACUGGGCGAGAUUCACCACUGUGUGGACAACUGUGUGAGCAAAUAGUCCAACAGUUUAAGAACGUUUCUCAACAUACAAUUGCAAGGACUUUAGGGAUUUCAUCAUCUACGCUCCAUAAAUUCAUAAAAUGUUUCAGAUCAUCUGGAGAAAUCUCUGCAUGUAAGCGGCAAAGCCAAAACCAACCUUGAAUGCUGUGACCUUCGAUCUACAGUGGCCAAGACCGGUCACAACAAAUGCAAACACCACAACACCUCCCACACUCGGGGGCGGGUAAUGGAU